AUGAGUGAUAGAAUUCUUCGUUGCUUCGGUAUAACUCAAGACCCUGAAACAAAUGAUUAUUUUUUGGUCUCACAAUACGCAAAUGAUGGUGAUUUAAAUCAUUACCUUCGUCAAAAUUUUGUUAAUAUUGAUUGGGAGCAACGUUUAGAAAUUUUAAGAGAAAUUGUAAAAGGUUUAAAGGACAUUCAUGAUGCUAAUUUGGUUCACCAUAAUUUACAUGGUGGUAACAUAUUACGUCAUAUAGAAAAUUCUUCUUCAAAAUAUUUUAUUGCUGAUUUUGGUUUCUAUUUUCCUUCCGAUGCUACCGAAAAAUCUCUGGAAAUUUGUCAAGGUUUACGACCUGAUAUUAUUGAUGGUGUUCCUGAUCGUUAUAUAGAUUUAAUGAAUUUAUGUUGGGAUUCAAAUCAAAAUAAUCGUCCCGAUAUAGAUACUAUUUUGAAAUUUUUAUCUUCAAAAAAUGAUUUCUCUGAUGCUGAAAAUUUUAGACAAAGAUCUUUGAGUAAAUCUACCCAACUUGAUUUAGAUGAUUCCGUUAAAUUUCCUUCCUCUAAACUUUUGGAUUUUAUUAAUCUUCCUGAACCUAAAAAUUCGGUUAUUACUUUAAAAUCCGGUAUAUCUGAUUUAUCUCUUAAUUCCGUUGAUGGUCCUAAAAUUUCGGAUUCUUCGGAAAAUAAACCACAAG